AUGGCCUUCGCUUGGAAAGCUGCAGGUCUUACCUACAACCGAUACCUCGCAAUUGCUGCCCGAGUCGUCCGAAGAUCCCUGAAGGAAGGACCGAGAUUACAGGCCGAGAGAAGAGGAGAGAUGGAUUUGAGAUUUGCAAAGUGGCAGGGUGGAAAACAAGGAGACAACCAGAGCCUGGGAGCUGCCAAUGCUGAUGCCAUGGCCGAGCACGCUACAAGCGAGUCCAAAUAA